AGACUACUGGUUAAGAAAAGUGCCUGUAUAUAAAUUUGAUUGUGAAGUUUGUGAAAUUUCUGAAAUGUUGCUGUUUUGAAAUUGCCUUACAGACGUAUGCUAGUGCUUCCUCAUGGGCUUAGUUCUGUUUUUAAUCAUGGUUAAAUCACAGACAUACACCACUGUAUUUGCAUGUUUUCUUCACCGGUAAGUUAUUUAUGUAAGAAAAAAAGACUCUAGUUGUUUAACCUGAUCUUAAAGUUUACCCUUUGCUUCAGGUUCCUCAACCACUUUAAUGACAGUGCCUCAGUUCUGCUUUUGUCAAACUAACAGAUGUGCAAUUGACAUGUGUACAGUGAAUUGUCUUUAAUUGCAAAUAAAGAUAUCUAUUAUCUAAUUAUCUAAUAUUUAAUAGUUUUACAGCUGCGAUUUGAUUAGAAUAAUCUACCAAUUUUUUUAAAAUCGAUUCAUAAAUUUGCUGAGAAAAUGUCAAAAAAUAAAAAAAAAGUGAAAGAUUCCCUCAACAACUACUCAAAUAUUUUUAUCAGACCCUCACCCUUAUGAGGAUGGAGUGAAAAUCUAAAUGGACUGAAAGAUGUAAUGGUUGUCAAUAUGUUGUCUUUCAGCAUCAAUUAAUCGUUUCAGCUUUAUGUAACUUACUGUUUUAAUUACUAAAACAAUCAAAACAAAGAAAAGAAAAAAAAAAAAAAAUAUAUAUAUAUAUAUAUAUAAUAAACGUCAACAUGGAAACGUCGGUAAUUUGCAUAAUUAAUGCGCCAGCUCUGUUGCCAUCGUUACAAGUCAAAACACAACGCCUGUCACGGCGGCUCGAGACGACGUUAACUGUGUGCGACCGUUUUACACGUUUUACUUUACUUGCUUGGCCACAAGUUGUUUUCCCAAAUGUCAGCAGCUCCUGUGCAGGGAGUAUUUUUUGGCAGCUCCCAGGAGAGGAAACUCUUUCCCCGCCAUUAUGCACCAGAUCGGCUGGGAAACCAAAUGUCACGGCAGGAAGCGCCACAUCUCGGCCCUGGCUGCUAUGACAACCACGAGUUUGGCACCAUAGCCUGGAACUUACAGAAGACAGUGGAGAGUAAGAAAGGACAUGAUGUCUCUGCGAGGACUGCAGCGCGCUUUCAGCCUUGUAGCAAGACCGUGACCCCUUCACCACAGCAGUACCAGCAGGAUCAGAGCCAGUCCAGAAUCCCGCCGCCUGGAAAAACACCUUUCAACUCAGCUACACAGAGGUUCAAAACCAUUUCACGUACAGCUGACAACAGUCCGGGCCCUGGGACCUACGCUCAUGAUACAGUGACAAACAGGAAAGUGAGAUGGCCGAUGUGCUUUGGGAGUCCAGACUGGACCAGACUGCCUCAGCCGGAGAAGAAGUCACUCAGGGUGAAGCUAAACAGUGAAAAGGCGUUCCUGAAGGAGAGGAGCAGAGUGGCCUACCUGAGUUUGUACUAUUAACUCUAAAGCUGAUGGAUGGAAAUCCAUCAUGACACUGACACCAGAAUGUAUCCCAUUAUUUUCCUCAUUCUUCCUACCAUCAACGAAACAGUUUUAUAUUCCAGACUAAAACAGAAACCAAGAAAAGUUGUA